AUGAGCUACACAUAUGGAGAUUACACUGUAGGAUUGAUUUGCACUUCUCCAAUCGAGUUGGCAGCGUCUACACUAAUGUUAGAUGAGAAGCACCCAGCCCUUCGUCCACGGUCUUUAGAUGGCUUUACCUUGGGACAGAUUGGACAGCAUAAUAUUGUUAUUAUUUGGCUAGGAUGUGGAGAAGAGAAUGCAACCGCUGUGACUUGGGCAGAAAACAAACUACUCCACGACUUUCCGAAUAUCCGCUUUGUCUUGAUGGCCGGCUUUGGAGGCGGAGCGCCAACCACCCCAAGCGACGAUCCGAAUAAAGACAUCCGGCUUGGGGAUGUAGUGGUCGGGCACUCAGAAGGCAACUAUGGAGGCGUUUUAAAAUACGGCCGGGAGCAAGUAUUUCAGGAGGGCGAAUUUACUCAAAGAGACUUUUUUAACAAACCGCCGGCGAUACUUACAGACGCAGUCUCAGAACUUCGUGCAAAAAGCGAGACUGUGAGGAGCGCAAUCAGUCGGCAUAUUUCGGAUAUACUGACGUUGAAGCCGGGGCUGAGGCCGAAGUUCCAGUAUCAAGGUCACGAGCACGAUGAGCUGUUCGAAGAGGAUUUCCAGCACAAGGGGGAAGAGGGAGGCUGUGAAAUGUGCGACAAGGAGCGACUGGUACAUCGAGAGCCCAGAGACACGAACGAUCCUGUAAUUCACUACGGUAUUAUUGGCUCAGGUCCUCAGGAUAUAUGGAAUAGUUCUACUCGAGAGAGGUUCCGACGGGAGCAGGGGAUACUUUGCCUUGAGACGAUGGCGUAUGGGCUCAUGCCCGAUGUACCGUGUCUUGUCAUACGAGGGAUCUGCCACUAUUCCGACUCCCACAGGAAUGAGCGCUGGCAAAGGUAUGCGGCGGCAACGGCAGCGGCAUAUGCCAAGGAGCUUCUCCAAAUCAUACCCGCAGGAAAGGUGGCGCCGGCAGAGGAGGAAUUGGGAAUUAUGAAGCAGAAACAACAACGUAAAGAACGUGACGACAUUUUGGAUUUGAUCAUCUCUUCUCCCACCUACGAAGAACAACAUGCGGAAAUUCUUCAGCAGAGACAACCGGGAACUGGGCAGUGGUUUCUAGAGUCUCCCGAAUUUACUAUGUGGCUGGGGGGAGAGUACCAGGGUCUCUACUGUCCCGGUGCUCCCGGCACUGGCAAAACUGUACUGGCAUCGAUCGCGAUAGAGCAUAUACGAGCUCAACCCGGCAGACGAUCACCUGUUGCAUUCAUAUACUGCAACUCCAAAAGUGAAGAAGAGCAGACUAUUAAAAAUCUGCUCGGCAUGGUCCUUCAUCAGUUUCUUAGCCAAUGCACUUCCAUUCCUGAGUCAGUCAAAGAGGUCUUCGAAAAACCCAUGAUAAUAGGAAGAGAACUCGUCACUCUGGAUAUUUUCGACGCAAUAACUCGUCUUGUUGACGAGGAAGGUCCAGCAUAUUUAGUCAUCGAUGCUUUGGAUCAGUGUUCGGACCCUGUCCGCGAAGCUUUACUGACCUAUGUUUGCCGUUUGCAAAUUUACACCGAUACAAGGGUUAUGACGACAUCCCGCCCUAUGGAGAGUAUUGAAACAUCUUUUCCAAGAGACGAAACGCUACUCAUUCGAGCAGACCCGGGAGACGUGGAAUGCUACUUGGAUGGCCGUCUAUCGACUCUGCCUCAAUGCGUUCGAGACGAUGCUGACUUGUGGAAGGAAGUCAAAGCAAGAAUUAUCGAGGCGGCGAAUGGAUCGUUUCCCAAGGGAAGAUAUUAUCUUACGUUUCGAAAGGAGUGA